AUGGCUGGGAUGGAUUUUCAAUUUACAAUUUUGGAUCAAACAAAGAAGGAAAAGAUUUCUAAGGAAUAUGAUGUAUUGGUGGAUAGAUUAUACAAUAAAUACAAAGAUCUGGAAGUAGAAGACACACAGAAAUUUAUUGACUCUCUUACACAAGCAAUAACGCAAUCGUUUGAUACACCAAAUCAAAAUUACAAAUAUAUAGUAACUUUGACUGCUACUCAAAGUGACGUCAAUAGUCCGCAAGUAGAUUUUACUAUGGCAACUUUAUGGAAUAAUGAAAAAGAUGAUGUUUACACAAAAGCCUUACCAAGUAUCAAUUAUGAAAAUAAAUUCUAUAUAAUCAAUAUAUUUUCAAUAUCCAAAUGUGAAUGA